GUCUAACCGUCGCGUGAGACUCUUGGAGCUCGCGUUUACACCUCCCGUUCGAUAUCGCGAGUCGUUAAUUAUAAACGUUCAAGCGGCUUUAUCGCUCGUAAAUAGUGCAGCGGAACCCCGCAAGGAACGAGCAAGAUAUCUAACGGGGCGAUUCCCGCUGAUCGAGGGAAAAGCGAUACUCGCGGAUUGUCAACGGCUAACGGCGCCACGAGGCAAUCGCUGGCUGGCGGGCGUCUAGUCGUCAGCGAAUUCUCAGUCUUUCUGCUGGCGAUCAGGCUCGUUAUCCUCGUCAAUUUCGUUGCUCUGCAAUUUGAUCGAAUUGGUGCGCGUUCGAGUGAAACUCGCGGUAUACGGUGUAAAUUUUGAAAGGAAGGAAGAGUCCAGUUCCAAUAAUGAAGGAGAUUCAGAGCUUCCACGAGGAGGCAGUCGCCUCCGAGUAUCUCAUGUCUACCCUGACACCUCGACAGGUAGUAAAGCUCCGGGAAAAGGCUCCGGCGGAAGGGACGUUCUCUUGGUUCGGCUCUCGUCGUCACUCGUAUCAGAUUCAAUCGGUCCAGUUGAUAUCUUUUGCUAAUGUUGGUCACGGAUUCGGAACAGACGCAGGUGUCCGGGAAAAUGGAUAAAAACUCCGGCGAUUACGUAAAGACCAUGGAAGCAGGCGUGUCACCGUCACAGGUGCCGGAGACAAAAAUCUAUAAGAGACGAUGGCUCAUCCUCAUCAUAUUCGUACUGUACAGCGCGAGUAACGCGUUACAGUGGAUUCAAUAUAGUAUUAUAACAAACAUCAUAACUCGUUAUUACAAAGUUACGAGUUUCCUAGUGAACAUGACAAGCAUGAUAUAUAUGAUAACGUACAUACCACUUAUAUUCCCCGCUAGUUACCUGCUCGACAAAUUUGGCCUCAGAUACGCCGUGAUCUUCGGGGCACUCGGAACGGCCCUAGGUUCCUGGAUCAAAGUGUUCAGCGUGGCAACUGAUCGCUUCUGGAUCACGUUCCUUGGUCAGACUUUAGUGGCGGUCAGCCAAACCUUUAUCCUGUCCAUUCCAGCCCGUCUGGCGGCAGUGUGGUUCGGACCUGACCAAGUUAGCAGUGCUUGCAGUAUUGGUGUUUUCGGCAACCAGCUGGGCAUAGCUAUCGGUUUCCUAUUUCCGCCGAUGUUAGUGCCGAAUAGCAGCAACAUCUGCGUCAUCGAGAAGGGUUUGAGACUUAUGUUCUAUAUAGUCGCGGCUUUCACGACAAUUGUGCUGGCUCUCAUAUUGCUCUUCUUCAAGUCGGAACCACCUUUACCACCCAGCCCUGCGCAGGCUGUGCAGAAGAGAGAGGGCAGAGAGAGCACUGAGAAAUUCUCUCACUCCAUCAAGAGGCUGCUCACCAAUUUCGGCUACCUGUUGCUUCUGCUCAGCUACGGCAUCAAUGUCGGCAUCUUUUACGCCAUAAGCACCCUCUUGAAUCAAAUUGUUCUCCAGUAUUUCCCGGGACAUGAACAAGAUGCUGGCCGGAUCGGCUUGACCAUAGUUUGUGCCGGAAUGUUAGGCUCCGUUGUGUGCGGAGUUGUGUUGGAUAAGACGCACAAAUUCAAGGAGACGACGAUAGGAGUGUACGUACUUUCUUUGCUAGGAAUGAUAAUCUUCAGUUUUACACUGGACAGCAGUGGAAUAUAUGUUAUCUACAUCACAGCUGGCAUUUUGGGCUUCUUUAUGACCGGCUAUCUGCCGGUGGGCUUCGAGCUUGCCGCGGAACUCACGUACCCGGAACCGGAAGGUACCGCGGCGGGCCUACUGAACGCGGUGGUGCAGCUCUUCGGUAUCACCUUCACGAUGCUGUACGGCUACCUGUUCGAAAUAUGGGGCGACUUUUGGGCGAACAUCGCGAUGUGUAUCACUCUCGCGGUCGGUACACUCCUCACGACCAUAAUCCCCAACAAUCUGCGACGCCAGAACGCGAAGGCUUGACGCUCACCCGAUUCGAGUCCGAGUAGCCAACAUCGCGGUCCAAUCGGAACUUAAUUUAUUCCUCACGCGUGUGCUAGAAGUAGCGCUGUUCUUCUUGAUCACGUCGUAGAUGUGUGGCAUUUACGGCGAGAGGAGACGAAAACUCGUCGGUAAACUGACUCCUCUCGAUCUUGUUGUUAUUAGCUGAUCUUCUUAAUCUCAGGUAAGCGGUAGUAAUUAGGCGGCGUUAGGCAGCAACAAGUUAAUCCCACGAAAAAAAAAGAAGGGCGCGUAGGGAAUAAGCUGGCCCGAAGUAACGGUCGCGGAGAAUCGGCAGGAAUUCGUGUACCCUAAAGUUACGAGUUCUGAGAACUCUUGAUUUUUCGCCGCAAUUAUUUUAUUUGAUGUAACGUCAGAAGCGAAGAAACACAUGUUCAACAUUCUUGGAAAGUAUGUGGAAAUCAAAAGGUAUGCUUAUAAAAUGACACGGUCGAUUUGGAGCAAUUGUAAAAUUUUAACAUGGCACGAGGCCUACUUUUUAACUGCGUUAAUUUUAAUUAUUAACUGCGGUCAUUUAUUGAUUAUUGAAUUAAGCAAAAGGAUAAUUUCCGGGAUAUUUAACAAAAUCUGCUCAAUUGAUGCUCAGCAGUGUCAUUCUGCAGGUAUAUAUUCUUGUUCAAACGUAUUUUGCAAGAACUUUUAGCUCGUAUUUUGCCGCUUCCGACACCAUUAAUAUAGUUCGGUGUGGCGAGAAAGAAAGAGCACGCAACCAUUAGUUUCGCCAUUUCCUUUCUGUUUUAUCAUUUUCUUUAAUGUAUGGUAUUCUUCACAUGAAGAACAAUCUCGAACUAAACACAAAGAGAGAAAGCAUAAAUUUUUUUAACGAAAUAUUAAAGUUUAAACUAUGUUAAUGCGAACUUUCACGUUGUUGCCUAUGUGGAAAAAUAACAAUCGGCCGAAGAUAAUGAUGAGAACAGCAGAACGGUAAACGUAAGAAACAUGUGACAAGUAUAGUAAGAAAUGGCGAGUGUGGCGAUAGUGACGGGGUUCGAGUUAAUAAAUUAUUUAUUAACGAAUGACGAUAAUAAGUAAUUAUUACGUUAACGUAAUAAGUAAAAACGAGCGUUUAUAAGAAUAAAUACCAGUGUCAUCUUUACCGUCUCAUUAAUUAUUAACGAUAGGCGAUGUCGGCUCUAUAACGUUUGAAAAUAGCAACCGUGUUACGGCGACGGACACGAUUGUCGCGAGUUACGCUUCUAUUUUCCUCGUCUGUGUGUGUCGGACUUGACGACGCAGUACGAUAGUCUGUGCCUAGUCCGUGUCCUUAACGUCGACCGCCUAAUCAUUUGCGAUCUAAUGAAACGACGCAGUUCGAUUCAAUUGGAUAUGUGCAUUUAAUGUAAACGACAGUUGUUGGCAAAUGUUUUCCUAGGCCGCUUAUGUCGCCAAGAAGUGAACGGUUUGUUAGAGUGUGUAGCUAUCUGUGUGAAUCUAGAGCUAAAUUAAUCCAAUAGUGCCCAAUUACAGAUCGUAAAAUCACACAUUAGUGCAAAUAUGUUGUCCUGAGUACGAAAUUGUUGUACAUUGCUCUCCUUAUCGCCAGAUUUUGGUCUUUUAUGUCGCUUACUACUGAUUUCUCCUCACUACAAGCGUUUGUUAACGGUCUAACGAUUAGCACAGUAGUGCUAUACUAUAUGCUGCUGUGGCUGCGUCCCAAAAUUCGCUGUUAGUACUGAAAAUCUGUAGUUUGUGUCACGUAUACUGUAUAAAAUUUCAGUAUUGGCAAUGAAUUUCGGAACAUAGCUUAUGUACAUUGUGUAUGUACUAGUCUAUUGGCAGGAACGAAGUGGAAAGUGAGACAUCAUCGCAUAGGUGAUGUAAAAUGAAUUUUCUCUUUUAGAUUUAUAAAGCCUUGUGUCCACGAUACUAGAAAUCAGUCCGAGAUCUUGAUCCGAGAAACGUAUAACCAAUAAAACUGUCGCCUUUCCGUAAAAGCUGCAAAUGGGUUAGUUGCUUUUUUCUCAGAUCUAGAUCUCAGGCCGAUUUCUAGUAUCGUAGAUACAAGACUUAAGACCGUUAGCAGAAAUGGAGAGGGCAAUAGUAAAUGAUGCAAAGGUCCAAGGUCUCAUUAUCAGUCAAGAAUUCAAAAGGAUCCUUAUUGUAAGGAUUUAAUUGUGAACGUAAAAGUCGCACCAUCUAGCCAUCGUUGUGAUUCUCCACUCCGAAACGCAAACAAAGAGAUUCACACAAUCGUGUUAGAUACUUAUUCUUGUGCGACGUAUGAAUAGCGUUCCGUAUAAAUUGUCAUUGAUCGUGUUUUACCGUGAUAUAUGCGUGGUUAUUAUAAUUUUAUAUCGCGCGUGUCAACAACUCCAAGCAUCCGCUUCCAAAUUAGCGACAAAUAAAUCGUCUUCCAACGCGACGUCUCGUCAUUAUAUUUUUUAGGCAAUUUAUCGUUCCCACAAAGAUUGUUCUAUUUUGUAAAUAAAAUGUUAAAAGAUACUGCAA